AUGGAGGGUCCUCUGCUCACCCCACACGUGUCCCUGACAGAUGCCUUCCUGGAUGAGGUGCAGAAGGCCAAAGGGAACCCUGAGAGCAGCUUCACAGUUGACAACCUUCGCCUGGUGGUGGCCGACCUGUUCGGGGUUGUGAUGGUGACCACUGCCAUCACCCUGGCCCGGGUCCUCCUACUCGUGCUCCUGCACCCGGAGGUGCAACACCGUGUCCAGAAGGAGAUUGAUGAGGUGAUAGGGCAGGGCCGAGCCCCUGAGAUGGCUGACCAGGCCCACAUGCCCUUCACCACCGCUGUGGUCCACGAGGUGCAGCGCUUUGGGGACAUAGUACCGCUGGGCCUGCCUCACAUGACUCUCCGUGACAUUGAAGUGCAAGGCUUCCUCAUCCCCAAGGGGACAACGCUCAUCACCAAGCUGUCAUCAGUGCUGAAGGACGAGACCGUCUGGAAGAAGCCCUUUCGCUUCCACCCAGAACACUUCCUGGAUGAUCAAGGCCACUUCGUGAAACAGGAGGCCUUCAUGCCAUUCUCAGCAGGUCGGCGCGCCUGCCUCGGAGAGCCCCUGGCUCACAUGGAGCUCUUCCUCUUCUUCACCAGCCUCCUGCAGCGUUUCAGCUUCUCCGUGCUCCCUGGACAGCCUCAGCCCAGCGACCAUGGCAUCUAUAACUUCCUGUACACUCCAGCCCCCUACCAGCUGUGUGCUGUGCCCCGCUAG